UUUAACAACUGAUGUUAAAAAAAAACUAAUUAAGUCAAUAUAACAACUAAUUUAAAAUUAAUUAAAUUUAAUGGCCUUCCUUUGAUUACGAAGAGCUCUUCCGCGUUUCAAUAUAUGCACUUUUUAAAGUUUUAUUAUCAGAUGUUUAGAAAAUAUCUUCAAGAAAGAGAAUUCUGAAUGCUUUUAACAGGUAUUGCUGAACAGUACGUAACUUAAAGUUUUAUUUUAACGAAUGAGCAAUUUUUAACAAGUAUACAGAAUGUAUCGGGUAGCGAUCAAUUUAUGAGUAGUAAACAAAAUAUUUGAUCAAAGUUAAAAGUUAGAGUGUAAGAAAAAUUAAAAAUGGAGCACGAAACAUGGAUAUCUUUGCUAUGGACAAAACCUAUUGCGUCAAGUUUCAUUUGUUUGAUUCUUUUUACUGCUUUAACAAACAUUUACGUAGUAUGGAGCAUAUAUAAAAAAAGAAACUUAAGAAAUUCGAGUACAGCAAUUAUUGUAGCAAAUUUAGCGUGUGUAGAUAUUCUGGUAACGCUAAAAGAUUUGCCAACCUUUUUUUCUGUAGCUGUUAGUGGACAUUGGGUGUUUGAAGAAUCUUGGUGUGCGUCUUACGGAUUAACAAACGUUAUUUUUAUAGUUGUUUCUGUUUCUACUCUAGUAACAAUAACAACGGAUAAAUUUUCACGAUUAAGGGAAAUGGCGAUACCCCAAGAGCACCCUUCUUCUCACACACACCACCCUCUUAUUCUUGGCUACGUUAUAGCUCACACUACUUUGUCAUAUAGUUUAUCUUUGUUGUGGAGUAAAUAUGUUUUUGUUACAAGAAAAUCUUUUUGCCGUGUCGAAUGGCCACCAAGAAAUGGUCUAAGUGCAACUUUCUUGUCGUCAUUUGUUUUUAUAGUUCCAGUUUCAUUUCUAAUCUACAAUUUAUUGUACACAACUGUUUUAAAAGUAAACGAUUGUGAGAAAGUUAAAAUUGAAGCCAACCCUUAUGAACAAAAAGCGCAACAUCAAUUGCAUAUUGCAGUCUCAAUUUUUCUACUGUCGUGGACUCCUUACGUUUUGGAAAGUAUUAUAUCAAGCCAUUCGCAAAUUUCUCCUCUAACGGGUAUAUUUACAGCGAGCAUACCGUUACUGACAACUUCUUUGUUACCAUUUCUAUAUAUUCAAUUUUUAAUAAAAACUUUAGAAAAAACCUCAACUCUUUGUGUUGUUGUUCAAUAAAAUGUCAACAAAAGUUUUUCAAUAAAGUGGCUUUACACUCACAAUAAAAAUGUCUUCAACGAAGUGGCAAGGUCUCACAUCUUAUUAAUCAAUAUCGUUUGUUGGUGUGAAAAAGUUUCCGUGUAUUUUUAAGUUAAUAUCUUAAACUAAUAAAGAUGUUUUUUAUACUGUU